AUGAUGGUGACAACGUUUCUGCUCUCUCUGUGUCUGCUGAGCCUUCAGGGUUGCCAUGGGAAAGGGGAUAUCCCACAGGAGUUCAUGCUUCUUGCUGGCCCCUUGACCCACAGCUUAGUGAAGGACUUGACCUUAAGUCCCUCUGCAACCCAGACAUUCCCAUCUGAGGUGACAGAUGAUGCCUUUGACUGCAGCCAUGCACUGCCCUCAAAGCUCAGAGACCACUUCCAGUAUCUUCAGAGUCGGGGGGUGACGCACUACAAGGUGCCCCUCUCCUGGUCCCACAUCCUCCCCACAGGAGACCCCAGUCGGCCCCAUCGGGACACAGUGAGCUGCUACAGGACCCUUCUGGAGCAGCUGACUGAAUCAGGCCUGCAGCCCCUGGUGGUCUUACACCGCUCAGCUGUUCCAGAGGGACUCAGGGCCACACUUGGGGACUGGGACAGUCCUCAACUGCCAGAGGCCUUUGAGCGUUAUGCAGAAUUUGUGUUUGCAGAGUUCCGAGACUCGGUCAAGUACUGGAUCACAUUCAGUCAUCUAGAUGAGCUGAGUGGUGAUGAAGACAAGGCCUCUUCUGCGUCUGCCCUGCAAGGUGCCCUCCAUGCCCAUGGCCGAGUGUAUCAACUCUAUCAUCGUAUGGUCUCUGGAAAAGUCCUGGCAAACUGGAGAGAUGGCAGAGUUUUAGGUUGUGAUGUACAAGACUUUCUUGGGGAGGUCAGAGACAACAUAAGAUUGACAAAGCAUAAUGGGAAUGCUAAAUUGCAAAACAAAAAGUCAUUGUCUACAUAUCAGAAUGUCUGGCAGAGUUUUAGCUCUCAGUCCCCAUCUGAGCGUGAUGACUUCCUGAUUGGAUCAUUUCCUGAGGGCUUUCAGUGGGCCGUCUCCAGUGAGUCUUUCAAAGUUGAGGGCGGCUGGUCUGAAGAUGGCAAAGGGGAAACAAUAUGGGACCGUUUUGGACACCAGGGUCAUGUGUUUGAUAGCCAGACUGCUGACCUGGCUUGUGACAGCUACAACAAGGUGGACUAUGAUGUGUACCUGCUCAGAGGUCUACACACCAACACCUUUCAGUUUUCCAUAUCUUGGGCCCGAAUCUUCCCUACUGGCCACAGGGGGAGCCUGUCAGAGAAAGGAGCCCUUUAUUAUGACAACCUCAUCAACACGCUCCUUCAGUCAAACAUAGAGCCCGUUGUCACCCUUUAUCAUUGGGACCUUCCUCAGGCCUUACAAGACAAUGAAGGCUGGACGAAUCCCACCAUUGUGGAGGCGUUUAAAGACUUUGCAGACUUUUGCUUCUCCAGAUUUGGAGACAGAGUGAAGACCUGGAACACCUUCAGCAGUCCGUGGGUCGUGAGCCACUCUGGUUAUGGCACUGAUCAGCAUGCACCAGGAGUCAAGGACCCAGUAAUAUCAUCCUAUCAGGUGACCCAUAACAUACUGAAGUCCCAUGCUGAGGCCUGGCAUGUCUACAAUGAUAACUACAAGACACAGCAGGGUGGGAGAGUUGGCAUAGCUCUUAACUCAGACUGGGCUGAGCCUGUCAGUCCUCAGGACACUGAGGCAGCUGAACGCUACCUGGACUUCAUGCUGGGCUGGUUUGCACACCCCAUAUUUGUGAAUGGAGACUAUCCAGCAAAGUUCAAGACUCAUAUUGAACAGAAGAAGAAGGAAUGUCUGGUCAAUGAAGCAGCAAGACUUCCCGUGUUCACAGAAGCUGAGAAACUGCGGAUCAAAGGAACAGCAGAUUUCUUUGGGCUGAACCACUACACCACCCGUCUAGUAAAUGGGAGUAGCGGACAGUGUGUUCCAGGACCUCAUGGUGUUGGAGACUUCCAGUCUCAUGUUGACCCCAGCUGGCCAACUACAGAGUCUAGCUGGGUUCAGGUAGUACCUUGGGGACUUCGCCGUCUGCUCAAGUACAUCUCAGCGCAAUACACAUCAGUUACCAAAGUGCCAAUUCACAUCACUGGAACUGGGAUGCCAACAGCUUACAGUGGAGAUGUGCUCAAUGACGUCCAACGUGUAGGAUUUCUGCGAGGCUACAUCAAUGAGGCACUGAAAGCUAUAAAUCUAGAUGGAGUUAACAUACAAAAGUUCACUGUUCAGUCAUUAAUGGAUGGAUUUGAAGGUCCACAAGGCUACAGUCAGAGGUAUGGUUUACACUAUGUGGACUUCGAAGACCUAAACAGGCCAAGAACCCCCAAAAAAUCUGCCUAUUUCUACUCAGAAAUAGUUCAGAAAAAUGGCUUUGCAGAUGUGCAAAAAAAAACUGCAGGUUCGAUUAGUUUCAAGCAUCCUUCAAGCACCCGCUUGCCAAGUUUACCAUCUUCUGAAGUUCCUUCCAAAGCCAAAGUUGUUUGGGAGAAGUUUUCAAGUCAAACAAAAUUCCAAAGAACUCUUUACCACUAUGGAACAUUCCCAGAAGGAUUCCAGUGGGGUGUCUCCUCCUCAGCCUAUCAGAUUGAAGGUGCGUGGAACACAGAUGGAAAAGGACCAAGUGUGUGGGACACAUUCACUCAGAAGCCUGGGAACAUCCCAUCUGCUGUAACUGGCAAUGUGGCAUGUGACAGUUACAAUAAGGUGGAAGAGGAUCUCUACAUGCUAAGAGCUCUAGGAGUGAAGUCCUACAGAUUUUCCUUGUCCUGGUCAAGAAUAUUUCCGAAUGGCCAUAGAUCCUCUAUGAAUCAGAAGGGAGUAGAUUAUUAUAAUAAACUGAUCGAUGGUCUAAUUGCCAAUAAGAUCAACCCAAUGGUGACUCUCUACCACUGGGACCUUCCUCAGGCUCUUCAGGACGAUGGUGGAUGGGAAAAUCUCAAAAUGAUUGACAUCUUCAAUGACUUUUGUGACUUCUGCUUUGCCACCUUUGGUGACCGAGUCAAGUUCUGGAUCACAUUCAACCAACCUUAUACCAUUGCUUGGUCUGGUUAUGGACUGGGCCAGUUUCCUCCCAAUGUUAAAGAUCCAGGACAUGCCCCUUACAGAAUUGCACACAAUCUCUUAAACGCACAUGCAAAAGUAUAUCACACCUAUGGUGACAAGUACAGACCGACUCAAAGAGGACUGGUGUCCAUCAGCCUCAACGCAGAUUGGGUUGAGCCAAAAGAUCCCAACGACCCUCGACAGGUAACUGCUGCUGACCGAGCCCUCCAGUUCCAGCUGGGCUGGUUUGCCCACCCCAUCUUCAAAAAUGGCGACUACCCUGAUGCUAUGAUAUGGCAAGUUAGCAACAAGAGUGAAUUUCAGGACCUUGGAAUGUCCAGACUGCCAAUUUUGACUGACCAGGAGAAGGCUUAUAUUCAAGGCACGGCUGAUGUCUUUUGCAUUAACUCCUACACCACAAACAUUGUGCGACAUGCAACCACUGCACUUAUCCCCCCAUCUUAUGACACUGAUCAGGACCUUGGGAAAGAGGAAAUUCCUGAUUCUCCAACCACUCCUAUCCAAGGGCAAAAAGCUGUGGCAUGGGGCCUCAGAAGACUUCUCAACUGGAUCAAAGAAGAAUAUGGAGAUCCAGAUAUAUAUAUUACAGAAAAUGGAAUGGCUUCGCCUCCUGCAGUAACUGUGGAAGACACUGACAGAACAUUUUUCAUGAAAGCAUUUAUUGAUGAGGCAUUGAAAGCUCACAAUCUGGAUGGGGUGAAGGUGAAGGGCUACGCGUGGUAUUCUCUCAUGGACAAUUUUGAGUGGCUUAAUGGCUAUCAACUUGCAUUUGGGCUUCAUCACGUUGACUUCACGAACCUCCUCCGUCCGAGAACACCAAAACAAACAGCUCACUUAUACCACAAGAUAAUCACAGAAAAUGGAUUCCCUGAAACAAUGGAGUUCAAACUGAUCUAUGGCCAUUUCCCGGAUGGUUUUGCCUGGAGCUCAUCAACGGCUGCCUAUCAGACUGAAGGGGGCUGGAGAUCAGGUGGAAAAGGUCUCAGCAUAUGGGAUCAGUUCUCUCAUACUCCUGGAAAGAUAAAAAAUGAUGACAAUGGAGACAUUGCUUGUGACAGCUACAAUAAAUUCCUGGAGGAUGUGUCUAAUCUGAAGAUUUUAAAAGUGGGCCAUUAUCGCCUCUCCAUAUCCUGGUCCAGGGUCCUGCCCGAUGGCACCAUUAACAACAUUAACGAGGCUGGGUUCGCCUUCUACCAUCGUCUGAUUGAUGCGCUGCUAGAAGCUAAUAUCAAGCCUCAGGUGACCCUGUAUCACUGGGACCUUCCCCAGGCUUUGCAGGACAUGGGCGGUUGGGAGAAUGACAGCAGUGUUCAGUGGUUCAAGGACUACGCAGAUAUCGUAUUUAAUCGCCUUGGAGACAAAGUGAAAUUCUGGAUCACCUUUAAUGAGCCCUGGAUUGUAGCCGCUAUAGGAUAUGGAUAUGGAACGUUUGCACCAGGUAUUAGUGACAGACCAGGCACAGGACCUUACAUUGUUACGCAUAACAUAAUCAAAUCCCAUGCUGAAGCCUGGCAUGUUUACAAUGAUAAAUACCGUGCCAAGCAAGGGGGCAUAGUCUCUAUCACAAUCAAUCAUGACUGGGCAUUCCCUCGCAAUCCAUCAAAACAGGAUGAUUUGGAUAUGGUAAAUCGUUACAACCAAUUCUUCAUUGGAUGGUAUGCUCAUCCAAUUUUCAAAGGGGACUAUCAUGAAAUCACAAAAAAUGUUGUUCGAGAGAGAAGUCUUGCGGCCGGUCUUCCCAAGUCUAGGCUUCCAGAAUUUACACCAUCUGAAAUACAGAGGAUCAACGGAACUCAUGACUAUUUUGGAUUAAACCACUACACGUCAAUCAUGGCUUUUAGGGCCGGUUACAGCAUCGACGUUCAAAGCUAUGACGCUGAUAGGGGCACCGCAGGCAUUCAUGACUGGACCUGGCUGGAGACAGGAUCUUCGUGGCUCAGAUUCACCCCACAUGCCUUCAGAAAGCUCCUGAAUUACAUCAAGGAUGAGUAUGGGAACCCUCCCAUAUAUGUCACAGAGAAUGGUGUCUCUGAAGUAGGCCCUGUAGAUCUCAAUGAUAUUCAUAGAAUCCACUACUAUGAGAAUUACAUCAACCAGGCCUUGAAAGCAUACCUAAUUGAUGGUGUAGAUCUUCGUGGCUACACAGCAUGGUCCCUGAUGGACAACUAUGAGUGGGCCAGUGGAUAUUCAGAGCGGUUUGGCCUCUUCUACGUGAACCGUUCUGAUUUUUCCCUGCCUCGUGUUCCCAAAAGAUCUGCACAAUGGUACACCUCUGUCAUCCGCUGCAAUGGAUUCCCAGACCCCUCACAGGGUCCUCAUGAAUGCCUUACUACUGAGCCUCAAGCACUGACCACCACCCCGUCUCCAGUCGAGCCAGCAGUGGUGUGGUUUCUGGGCAUGGAGGUGUCACUUCCUGAUGCUGCGACGGCUCUGAAUGUUCUUUUCAGCCUCUCCAUUAUUGGUGCUGUAGCCGUAGCAGUCAUGACCUAUCAGAAUUUCAGGGUCACUAAGAAGUCAAAACUUACUGCUGGAAAUGGUUGCCAUGGGAAAGGGGAUAUCCCACAGGAGUUCAUGCUUCUUGCUGGCCCCUUGACCCACAGCUUAGUGAAGGACUUGACCUUAAGUCCCUCUGCAACCCAGACAUUCCCAUCUGAGGUGACAGAUGAUGCCUUUGACUGCAGCCAUGCACUGCCCUCAAAGCUCAGAGACCACUUCCAGUAUCUUCAGAGUCGGGGGGUGACGCAUUACAAGGUGCCCCUCUCCUGGUCCCACAUCCUCCCCACAGGAGACCCCAGUCGGCCCCAUCGGGACACAGUGAGCUGCUACAGGACCCUUCUGGAGCAGCUGACUGAAUCAGGCCUGCAGCCCCUGGUGGUCUUACACCGCUCAGCUGUUCCAGAGGGACUUAGGGCCACACUUGGGGACUGGGACAGUCCUCAACUGCCAGAGGCCUUUGAGCGUUAUGCAGAAUUUGUGUUUGCAGAGUUCCGAGACUCGGUCAAGUACUGGAUCACAUUCAGUCAUCUAGAUGAGCUGAGUGGUGAUGAAGACAAGGCCUCUUCUGCGUCUGCCCUGCAAGGUGCCCUCCAUGCCCAUGACCGAGUGUAUCAACUCUAUCAUCGUAUGGUCUCUGGAAAAGAGAAAGGCGGACUUUGUGACCAUGCUCACUGA